AGCUAGAGUGUGCUAGGACCAUCGAUCCCGUCGUCUGCUAGCUGACUGCUGUCUAGUCCAGUACACUCCACUCCACCAAUAAGCUAGCUUGAUCUAGAAACAGAAAUCGAUCCAUGGCUUCGUUAAAGCUCGUCGCGGCGCUCGCGGUCCUGGCCGUCUGCGCGGCGACGGCUGCGGCGUACGGGCAGCAGCCGGCGCCGUACCGGCCGCCCAAGGAGAGCUGCGAGACGCAGAGCAGCUACUUCGUCAACUGCCUGCGGCUGGGGUACGGCGAGAACUGCUGCAAGGGCGUGGUGGAGGACCCCAAGUGCUUCUGCAUGCUGGAGGCCGAGGCGGAGAUCCACUGCGUGCCCGGGCGGAGGUUCAGCGCGUGCUCCGGCAGCGGCGUCGCCAAGGCCGUCAAGUUGGCCGAGAUGAAACUCUCCUGCAUGAAGAACCUCAAGUGCAAGCAUGCCUGAUACUACUACUAGCCAUCGGCAUGCUACUUGUUUUUUGUCUUGUGUCUCUGUGUGCUAUGGGGGUUGGUUGGUUGGUGUGUUCCGUUUGAGUGUGCGCUAGCUGUAUUAUCCGUGCGUAAACUAUGUUGUUUUUAUUGGUUAUUAUUAUGUUACCCCGCAUCGUCGUUUCGUUUAUU